AUGCAAAUAUUGAGGGCUCCUCCUCCAUCACCUCCUCACCGGCAGAUGCACACACACACACGCACACAGAGCGGCGGAGAGAAAGGAGCGAGGGAGCCCGCUUAUAUAACAGCGGCUGUGGGAAACGCUGGGGAGCUGGAGGAGAUCUUCACUGGACAAUACAAGCGGAAAAUACUGCGAUGUGUACGUGCCUCAAGCGGAUACGUGACGGAGCAGUCCCGGGCACAAUGCUCCGGCGGUGAAGGUUCUGAACAUGGAUCUUCUGGACCCAAUGACCCGAGUUUGGAAGAUGAAAUCCUUUGUGACACAUCUUUAGCUGUGCAGACAUGA